AUGGAGACUAAGCCGUGUUUAACUCUAACAGCCCAGCCCCAGGUCCGCCGUGCCCUGUGCCCCUACUCCCCACACGCGCCCGCCCACAUCUGGGCGAGCGUGCUGCUGCCCUGCGCCGUCCACCUGGCUCACGCCCACGCGCCUCCUGGCUCCCCUGCUCGCAAGUGCGCGCCCACGCCGCGUGCCUCGGCCGCUCCUCUACACGCGCUGCACCGCGCCCGGCCACACCCUACGCCUGCCUCGCCAUGUUCCGGCCCCGCGCCUAGCCCGCGCGCCUCGCCUCCGCCUGCUGCCAUCGUACUUCCCCCUGACCCGCUACUGCCUGAAGCUGCAGCCCGCCUCCGCUGCCGCCUGCAGGCCUCCGCGCCGGUGGCCGCCUUCGCUACCACCCGCUGA